AUGGUAUAUCAACGAGGCUUUGUGAGGACAUCAAGAGCUGGAGUUUGGAUAGCUCUUACUAGGGAAACUGUGGUGCGAUUAAUUGAUUUUGACGAUUUAUUGUGGGGAUUGAAAACGGGUUUGUCCGAGUUAAAAGUUGCUUAUUGUACCGCAGGUGGUCCCCUAGCAUUAUAUUGCGGGGAACGCUUUGAUUUGAACGAGGGUGGAAAUGCUAUUUGUUUUUAUAAUGCAAGAGGGGCGCCACACCCUGUGAAGUCGCAUAUUCAGUUGAAUGGUAUGGAAAGUGUUUUCUUCAUGUGCUGGAAUGAAUGUAAUGAUCAUCUCAUUAUUUUGUUGAACACAGGGGAAGUACGAUUUUUUAAUUUGGCGGGAGAAAUUGUUGCAUCAUCUAUCAAGGUUCCGGUUGGAUUAUUAUGUGUUAGCACAGCAAAUGGAAUCGCUCUAUUGGUUGAUGAUGGGGAGCCUCAUGUGAUUCUAUUGGAAUAUCAUUCUAGUGGGGAAUAUAGAAAAUUUUUCUUGAAACUUCCUCUGGUAUUUCAGAACCAAAAACCGACGGUAAUGUUGGCCAUUCCAAAACAAUUUAGUGAUACUGGUUACACUGAACUGUUUAUACCUUUUCUAUCGAAUGAAAAUGUAUCUAGUUUUUUUCAUUGUGUCUUUUAUAAUAAUCCUCGAUGUUUUGACCUUCGUUUAUCUGUGGGUGGAGGUAGUGUGGUUCAUAUGGCACUCUCCCCAAAUGGUCAAUCGAUUGCCUUUUUGGUUCGGGAUGGAACGCUCUGCGUUGCCUCACGCUCAUUUGAAGAUGUUACACGUUUGAUCAAUAUUGAAAUGGACGUUAUGCCAGUUCAAUUUCUUUGGUGUGGGGAUAAAUGCAUUACAUACUUGCAUUUGGCUAGACAAUUUGAUGAAAAUGCUGAGUUUCCAACAAGAUUAACAUUAGUCAAUGUGGAUGAUCCGGAUCAGUCGGAGUUUUUGAAUGAUAUCCCUUCUUCUCCUUAUUUGUUUUCCGAGUGUGAUGGUAUUCGGAUUUUUUCAUCAGAUGCGUAUCAAUUUCUUCAGGUUGUUUCGGCACCAAGUCGUCGUAUUUUUUCUGUGGGAUCUCGGGCCAAUUCUGCACUGCUAUUGCUUGCGUUUGAUGAGUUUAUGUGUGGUGGUACAUCUUCUGUAAAAAUGAUUCGAGAUCUACAAAGGAACCCCGCUGAAAUGAAUGAGGCAGUGAAUGAUUGUAUUGCGGCUGCUGGAUUUGAAUGGAAUAUCUCACAACAAAAAAGAUUGAUGCGGGUUGCUGCUUUUGGGAAAUCAUUUUGUUCAAUGUAUGAAUCCGAUUUUUUUGUCAAUAUGACCCGAAGACUACGCGUUUUGAAUGCCUUACGCAAAAGCAAAGUAGGUAUGUUGAUGUCACAGGCACAGUUUUUAUCUUUGGAAGGGGAUCGCUUGUCUGAAAGACUUUUACAAAUGUGCCAUCAUCAAUUGGCGUAUUAUAUAUGCGAUUUUCUAGGAUUCAACACCAGAAGAGUGAUGAUGGAAUGGGCUUUGGCGAAGUUAACCAAACCUUUUUUUAGUGUGACGGAAGAAAAACGAACGGCAUUGGAUGUGAUUGAAAAACUGAAGGAACUGAAACAAAAUUCAUUUGCUGAAAUUGCUUGUAAAUUAUAUGUAAAACAAAAAAAACACGCCGCCUUGUUACUUUUAGAGGCCGAAAAAGUUGCCUUACAACAGAUACCAAAAUUACUGGAUAUCAAUCAACCCGAACUUGCUCUUCAGAAAGCCGUUACGAGUGGAGACACAGAUCUGAUAUUUACAGCUAUGAUGUACCUUAUCUCUCACCAGGGUAUCGAGGCUCUUCCUCUCUUAAUGAGCGAUUUGACUACGGAAAAGAUUUUUCUUUUAUAUGCCACUUUUUCUGAAAUCCAUCGAGAGCUUCUUAUGGAACAUCAUAAAACACAUCCGGAACACAAAACUUAUAUGGAUAUUUUAAAUUACUUGAGGGAGGAAGAAGGUGUGAAACAAUCACUUUUGAAAAAAAACAGCAAUUGGGAGAUAUUACAACAGAAAAAACUAACUGCCAUUGAAAAUGUUGCUAUUUCAGUUAAACGAGAAAUUCCUGGCGGCUUUUCUAAUAGUGCUAUUGUAAGAAACGCGCUUCCUCAUGCUGUGGUUCUUAGUGGGUUUUCUACAUCUUCUCAAACAAAUGAGAAUUGGGUUCGUUUACAUAUGCAACUUUUGGAUGAACAGACAAAACUAGUAAGAGAGUAUAAUGAUAAACGCUUUCUUAAUGCGAGUGUCAAGCGAAUGAUUGUUCUUUGCCAUGAGCAUGGCUGUGAUGGGGUGGCAGGGCGUCUUAAGAGAGAAUUUGGCGUUUCUGACAAGAUGCAUUGCUGGUCCAUGCUAGAUGCAUACACAACGAUGUCACAGUGGGGACUCAUUGAUCAACUGGGUGACGUUAAAAAUAAGAACAAGCCUGUCAUUGGAGCCUCUGCCUUUAUCAAUACACUACUUGCUUGUGGGCGUCAGGAACAAGCCAAGCAAUAUAUACACAAGAUCCCCCAAAUUGAACAGCGAAUGGAAUAUUAUCUAUUGUGUAGUGAUUGGGAAGGAGCUGGAGCCGAUUGCCGUCGUCAUGGUGAGCCGGACUUACUUACACAACUGAAGGAUCGGGUAAAAGGGGAUGCUUCCGCAGUGCAACUUAUUGAAAAGGGGUGGAAUUCUGUUCAAGAGUCAGGGGCGGUAAGGUUGGCUAAGUUAUUUGCUUAG